AUGUCUAUUAUGGAUCACAGCCCCACCACGGGAGUGGUGACUGUCAUUGUUAUUUUGAUUGCUAUCGCAGCUCUCGGUGCCUUGAUACUGGGCUGUUGGUGUUACUUGCGUCUGCAGAGGAUCAGCCAGUCUGAAGAUGAGGAAAGCAUUGUGGGUGAAGGAGAAACCAAAGAGCCCUUUCUUCUUGUGCAGUAUUCUGCUAAAGGACCUUGUGUAGAGAGGAAAGCGAAGCUAACUCCAAAUGGCACAGAAGUACAUAGCUAACUUGAAGCAAUGCCUGUACAUGGACUGUGCUUAUGUGUGUAACCAGCAGAAGAAUCUCUAUACUGUGAAGAACUUGGUCAUGUGCACACUGCUCAUCAGAAAACACCCUGAUGAGGCUUAAAUAAGCUUUCAUUGCAACUGCAUGCACUGUGAAGUUGCUCUUUGCGUCAAUUGUGUAUCCUACUUCUUCUGUGACAGGAGCUGACUCACCUGGCAUAAAGUCCAUUGCCGGCAAUGGACACCCUGAAUAUCUUUGAGUGAAGAGACUGAUAGCAUCUUUUUGUUACUUGAAUGUUUAGCUGAGCCUAUUUUGAUGGAGCUACUACUGUAAUGUGAACUACUUUACAACUGUGAACUGUAAAUAGGCUGCCAGAAGCUUUUUGCUUUGGGCUCCACAGUACAUGAGAAUAGCGUGGUGCAAUUGUAUGUAACACAAGAGGACUCCUGACCUACAACCGUAGGUGGAAUCCAGACCUUCAAAACCAGAUCUGCAGUUAAAACUUGCUUCUGCUAUUAAAUUCUGAGUGCACGGCCAUAGAGCCAGAACUCCAGCAGUUCACUGGACUGGUACAGAAUACGUUGAAAAGAAGGUAGAAUACCUUGUUUGAAAAGCAGGUAUAACCUGACAGUAACAUGUUGAGGGAAGAAACACAGGAGCUACAAGAAAGGAAAUGGUUUCCUUCAGUUGCAGCUAGGUAUAGGCUAAGCUUUUGGCUGCUAGAACUGAGCUCUCCAACCAUGUAGCUACUGCAAGGAAACUGCCAUUUUGAUGGAACUGGGAACUGAUGAUGGAUACUGAACCCUCAGGGAUGGUCCAGAAGGUUUCCAGGAGUUUGAAGUGGCAGUAGAGCAGGGUUUUUUCUUCUGUCUGCAUGCUGAAACUGCAGAAGCGGUUACUUAUUAAAACUUAUAAAUGUAACUCACCUGACUUUUUUUCCUAGAAGCCCUGUUUGUGUACUUAGCAAUUCAGAUGUAUGUAAACAAAAUGUUAGGAGUCUGUUGUAAAAAGGCUUUUUAGUCUAAAGACAAGUGAUCAACUACAGAAUUCAAUUCACGUAUCUUGUGGCUUAGCUCUACUACUACAAGAUAAAAGUUUCAAUCCUACACAAACUAAUGUUGAUACAGGGAAGCAGGAGUCUUCAUACUACCAGCUGGGAAGCACUUUCAUGUAAGGAUGGGAUGUCUCUUUCACUUCCUGCUCUGUGGAGGAGACUGUGCUAUGGAAACUGUAAAAAGAUGUGUUAAAUACUUGGAGAGAAGGGACAGCACUAAGCCACCAAGGCCAGCUUGCCUACUCUCACCCUGUUGGGUAGGCACAUAUGCUUUGAAGCCUGGUUCACUUAACUCUAGUCCCUAAACUCGUACUUUAUACGUAGCUUCCUUGUGCCUAAUCUGGGUUUUAAACACUUAAUUGCCUAGGACAAAAAAGUUCACUGAAAUAUGCUACAAAUAAUGAAAUCCAAAUUCCAGCUCCCUUCAGAAGUCACUUUUGGUUCUUGUCCCUGUAUGUAUGGCAUAACUCAGUUAACAUGUGCCUUGCGAGCUUACUUGAGAAUUGUGUAACUGGAUAUAGGACAACAAUGGCCUACUCAGUAAGGUCAUACCCCUUUCUUCUAGAAUAAGAUGUUGUCUUGCAUUUUUAGUGCUGCAUUUGGCUUCUAAUUUCUUAAUCGAAGGCUCAAAUUUGAAGCAAAAACUAAUACUGACAGUAGUGAAAAGCUCCUGGAAUUACCACUAGAGUAUACUAUAGGCUAUACUAGAGGGCAGUUCUUGCCCUGGCACAUGCUUAAUAUACUAGUGUCAGGAGACUUACAUGUAUAGCCAGACCCAUAUACUUAAGACUGAUGUAUUCUAGAAAUCCUAAAAAGCAAGGAGAAAAAGGGUUAAAUCAAUAAGAUUUUUCUGUAGUUUUGUUUCACUAGAUAACAGUUCACACAGUUCUCCUCUUGCAGGUUUCAAGACAGGUGAUUGGUGUACAAAAGUGAUAUAAAGUGCUGAAGUUCUUGAAUAGAGUAGCUACAGCAAGAUGACUUUGUCCAUUCAAGUUUACUGAUUAUACAGAUAAAGUAUCUCCAUUUUAAUUCUGCAAACAAUGCAGUGUAAAGGGCAAUUUUCAGGAAUUAAAGGAAAAUUAUAAAUCAGUGGUCUAAUUUUUUUUCCUUCUAGCAGCUGUUAGAGAAAGCUGGUGAAAAAUAACUGGUCCUUAGUCAGAUGCUUUACACUGCUGCCCCUGAACAUCAGCAUCUUUAUCAGAUAGGUGUUUGUGAGUUAGUGCAAUAGUAAAGUGCAGAAAGUUUUCCAUACUCUUCUUCUCUUUAGAUGUGGGUAGCUAGUAAGUUGUUCAAGUAUACAAAAAUAUUUCAUUUGAUUUUUCUUUUUCUAGAUCAUGUGGGGGAAGAAGUCUUUAUUUACAAUGAAUUUCAAUAAAAUUUGCAUAAAUACCUACCCAA